CUCCAUAAGAUCUGCACUUAUCGUCUUGACAGCAUCCUCACAUCGCCUCUUCUCUGGUCUCCCUAUCCUGACUAGACCCGGGAGGAUUUGCCUACUACCUCACUUACAUGUCCCUUGCUGCAACAGAAGUAGGUGGACUUGGUGAUCAGUUUAUACCCACCUCUUCUUGAGCUUAAGCACCAAUUCUUUCCUCCUAAACUGGAUGCUGGAACUCUGCUUACCACUUUCCUUCUCUGGAUAUUUUUUACCCAGUUUGCAACUUCCUUGACAUGCAGCUUGCCCAAACAGAGCACACCUGGAGCUCCCUCUAUGCUGAGCACAAGAGGAUGUUCCACAAAUGAGGCAGAACUACAGAAGAUACUGGGGGUGAAAAACAUCUGCCUCCCUUCAAAAAGAUGCAGUGUUUUACACUGAGCCAGGAGAGUUGGUUCAAGGCAAGGAGAAACAAUGAAAACCAAAUCCCAAACAAGCAGUGGUCACAAGCACUUAUUCCUGAGCUGUUCCCCUAGUUUGCAUGAGAUGGAUCAGCAGCUGUCCAAAUGAAACAAACUGCAAGUAAAGAUCUUUCUGGCCAACUUUCAAGACCAGGCCAGCAGAGAAAAAGAGCAUGACCAUCCCAACCAGGCACUGGGAAUUUCACUACCUGCCACCAAACGCUCCAGGGACCUUACAGCUGACCAGCACAUGCAGCUCUUUGAGUUCUUUGGGUUUGUGGAGAGCCCAAGCACCACAAGAUGUUCAGGAGAUCCGAGUCCACAUGCAAAAAUCUGCCACGAAAGAUGUUUCACCCCAUGGAUGGGUUCAUGCAACAAACACAACUUGCCCCAAGGGCAUGGGGUGCACUCAGGUGUACCUGAGCAGAAGGUGGGUUCCCUGCAGGAACAAACUUGCUAGAAGUUGCUCCAGUUCACGGAAGUGGGUCUCCUCAAUGGCAAUCAGUUAAUUAACACAGAAGGUGGUCAAUUCCAGAGAAUGCAGAUGAAAUUGCAGUUUGCUGAGGGCAAAUCAGAGGGAGAAGAACCUUCACAAAUCUCUGUUGAAGCCAACCUCUUAUAUAACACAUCCAGCUGAUUUCAGAGCCCUUACUUAGGGGGCCAAGACUGUACCCAGUUAUAUGGGUAGUAAAACUGAGGUACACCAAGAUGAAGUUGAUCAAGUUAUGGCAGCAAAUACACAGAAAAAAAAGACCUCAGGACCCUGUGGCCAAGGCACAAAGGUAUUUUGAAGCAAUGAAAGACAGUCUGGGUUUAUCCUGCUGGUCCAUAUCAGCUGAUGUUUGGAAGGGGAAAAAAUCCCAAACUCUACUGUUUCAAUAUAGACUUGUGUGCAAGCCUUUUCUGGGUAGGCUCCAGCAAACACUAUACCCUACAAACCCUGCCCUGCUGUACCCCCAAGCUGAGUGAUCCUAUACUGCCUGGGGAACACAUGGAGCACACAAACACCCUCCCCACCAGGCUGCCUUGUGUGUGCAUAAAAUGCAGACCUGUGUUUCCAUUACCACCUUAGCUCUCCGUCCCCUAUUCACAGAGAAGUACAGACUGCCACUAGCAUUCAGAGUGAAGGCAUUGGGAUGCAAAGCUCAGCUCUGGGCUGGUCUUGAAAGCUCUUCUCUCUGUCAGUGCAAAGUCACCAAUACAUUUGAUCUGACAACCUCAAGCACUCAAGACUGGACAGGCUACCCUACUGGCUCAGGUCUAGGACAGGUUUCCCAGUGCCAAAUGGAAGCAAACAUGCUCAGAAAAGACGGAGACUUGUCACCAGCUUUCUCCAGCACUGUCAGCAUGGGAGUCAUCCAUCCCAAGCAGCAAAUCAGUGCUGGUCUCACAAACCUCUGCUCUGUACCUUUCCUGUGGGGGAGAAUACAAUGCUGUGCAGGACGCAGAAGGAUAACAGGUAUCAAGUGCUACUGGCAUUUCAAGCCACAGGCUGGGGAAGAGCACUUGCAAAGCUUUACAGGAAACCAGCCCAGACUUCAUGGGGACAGGAGCUGCCUGCAGAGCCACUGGCUAGGGCAGCCUUUUCUGCAGCACCAGGCCCAGAGCAUUAACACUCCGUUUUCACUGUUAGGGCUCAGGCACUUUUCCCUAUUAAAGCCCAAUCUAUCCCUGCAAAGCCCCAGCUCUGCUGAACUGACACACAGAAAUGAUGGCUCUUUGGAAGCUGUAAGCAGGAUUUUUUCUUCUCUUUUUUUUUUUUUCUCUUCUCUCCAAAUAUGUGUUGUAUUAGUGAUGAUUCCAAAAAAGAGGGUGGUUUCCAGAAGCACUGAGCAGCUUUGCCGGCACACCGGCUGCAGCUUAGCCCUCCACUCAUUCAGCAGCCACAAACACAACAAAACUGAGAUCGAACAGCAGACUACUAAAGGCCCUCAUGGGUUCAAAACUUGACUGGUCCAGCACUUACACUGACUACAAGAGAUGACUGGAAGCUACAUGGAUGCUGCCUUCUGCAGUCAUCUAACCUGCUCCAUCACCU